GGCGGCGGGGCGGCCCGCAGCCCCCGGGCGGCGGCGGGGCUGAGCGGCCCCCUGGAGGAGCGGGGGCAGCCGCCCGCCCGCCCUGAGCCGCAGCCGGAUUUGCGCGGACAGCAGGCUGCCCGCAGAGAGACGGGAUGGAGCGAGACUUGCACAGCCACAGGCAGCAGGAGCUCGUGGUGUUUGACACAGGCAUGGCACAGCCCCAUGAGGAUCGGCGUGGAGGUGGCUCCCUGUGAGUGCACAGGGACGCCCUCAGUCCAGGACUGCCUCCUCUUCCUUCUCUACCGGCCCACUUCUCCCUGCUGCCUCAUUUCCUACAACGCUUCCAAGGAUCUGCGAGAGGCUUUGAGGCCAGGAGCCAGCAAGUGUAUUGCCAAAUGGGGCUGGAGAGUUUGGUGACAACGGGAACACAGAGCAGAGAUACUAUGUGAGUUGUGGCUGCUGGCAGAGGACGGUGCCUGGGGCUGCUUGGCUGGCCAGGGGCUCAGGACAGAGCCCUGAAGAGCGGGGCUGCCAGCUGACCUGCUGCUCCUCCACAGCCUGCUCCUCGAGUGGGGACACAGCAUCCUGUGGUGCCCACACUGAUGUCUGCCCACACCUUGCUGGCAGGCCUGCUCCCCUAGUGCCGCCGUGAGGCUCUCACCAUGGUGCUGCCACCACCCGACAAGCGCCACGUCUGCCUGACCACCAUCGUCAUCAUGACCAGCAUGGCCUUCAUGGACGCCUACCUGGUGGAGCAGAACCAGGGCCCUCGCAAGAUUGGGGUCUGCAUCAUCGUGCUGGUGGGGGACAUCUGCUUCCUCAUCGUGCUGCGCUACGUUGCGGUGUGGGUGGGCGCGGAGGUGAAGACGGCCAAGCGGGGCUAUGCCAUGAUCCUGUGGUUCCUGUACAUCUUUGUGCUGGAGAUCAAACUGUAUUUCAUCUUUCAGAACUACAAAGCGGACAAGAAGAACCUGGAGACAGUGGCCAGGAAGGCCCUGACGCUACUGCUCUCCAUCUGCGUGCCGGGGCUCUACCUGGUGCUGGUGGCCUUGGACAGUAUGGAGUACAUACGGACCUUUCGGAAGAAAGAGGACUUGCGGGGACGCCUCUUCUGGGUGGCUCUCGACCUGCUGGACAUCUUGGACAUCCAGGCCAACCUGUGGGAGCCGCACAGGACCGGCCUGCCCAUCUGGGCGGAGGGGCUCAUGUUCUUCUACUGCUACAUCCUGCUCCUGAUCCUGCCUUGUGUGUCCCUCAGCGAGAUCAGCAUGCAAGGGGAGCACAUCGCCCCGCAGAAAAUGAUGCUCUACCCUGUCCUCAGCCUGGUCACCAUUAAUGUUGUCACCAUUUUCAUCCGGGCCGUCAAUAUGGUCCUGUUCCAGGACAGCAGGGUUUCUACCAUCUUUAUUGGCAAGAACAUCAUCGCCAUUGCCACCAAGGCGUGCACCUUCCUGGAGUACAAGAGGCAGGUGAAAGAGUUCCCCCAGAAUGCCAUCGCCCUGGAGCUCCAGCAGAACUCCCUGUCCCACAACCAGACCAUCCACAGCACGCAGGGCAUCCCUCAUGAGCCAUCACCCACCAGCGAGAUCCUGGACACAUGAUGGGCGGUGGCUCAGGGCCUUGGUUCCGAUACUCCGUGCUGAGUGGAGGAGAGGUGCUGCUUCUCUCUGGCUGCAUAGGUUGAGCGUGAAGGACAAAUCCCAGCAGUGAGGGCUCUUCUAGGCACAAAACACCAACCACGUUGUAAUUGAGCUAUGGAGUGUCCCCUAGACGUCUUCAUCUCAGGUAUAACCCUAGGAGUCCUCCAGUCAAACCAAAUGAACUUGUGAAGGACCCAAAAAAGCUAAUCUUCUCUCUCCCUCCUGCCAGCCUCUCCCCUCCCAAGCAAAGGCCGUUGAGGUUGCAGUGUCCCUUCCUACUCCUGGAGCACCUCCCCUUGACCCCAAGUCUGGAAUGAAGAUUUUGUUACCGGAGACCUUCUUAUGGUGUGGGGACAGGGCCACGGGUGUUUGAGCUGGGGGAGGGUGGGGUGUCUGAACCAAUCAAUCCUGUGACCGUAGAUGUCUCAUAUCCCAAUGAUCACAUUUACAGUUUGUUGUUUAUAACAUCUCCCCGGGUCCCACGGCAGGUGGCAGCGAGGACAGCCCUGUCCCAGCUCUGCCAGGAGCAAUACGUGCCAAGCUGGAGCCAACCUCAUGCUGGUGUUUUAUGGAUUUCAUUCACUUGAAACGACUCAGCACAAUAUUUCUAUUUUUGGAAGGGUCUCUCUGUUUCGCUCUUGCCCUUGGGCCCCUCCCAUGCCAGCACAUGUGGGCACCGAGGAGGAUGGCAAUGAUGCGUUUCAUUCUGGCAUCAAGCGUUUGUAAAGAGGGCUGCUUUCCACAGCUACUAUAUUUUUAAAAUAAAAUAUUUCAAAUUAAAAAAAAAAGAAAGAAAUGUUCGGGAAGGCAGUGGAGAACUGGGAGUGUCUCCAGACUGUCUGUUGGACCACAGGGACAUUCCCAGGUCUCCUCUGCCCAAGUGGUGAUGAGGGGCUCAGUCCCUGGGUAUGGGGUGGGAAAUGAGGGCCAGCGGGACAAUAAAAGCCCAUUGAGAAUGAUGGCUUCUUGUGGUCUCUUUUCUGCCACUUGGGGAAGGGCAGCUUGUAUGUGGCCCAAAUGUCUUGUGUCAUUCUGUCCUGGUCCUCAAAAGCCAAUGAUCGUUUGCCCAGCUGCAGCGGUGUCCCAAGGGCUCAGGCAGCUCCUUUGGCUUGGGAUGGGAGGAAAAGGGGAUACAGGCAGUUAAACGGCAUUGCAAACACAGAGAAGUAGAUAUUUUUUCUAAACCACCCAUCUCAUUUGGAGGAGAUUGGAAUAAAAUGCCUGCUGCUGUUUACAUUUUUCCUUCCACAUUUCCUCCUGGCUGUGCUCCUUGAAUUUGACCUAAAUCCACAACUCAUUUUAGCCUCCAUCUUCUCAAUCCAUCAUCAUCUGUCCAAAGCAUUUUGCACAGCCCCAAUUCAGCUUUCCACAUUUAGGAACAGCUGGUCGUGUUGCUGUCGAGCUCUCUUCAGGCACCCCAUUGCCUUGGGGGGACUUUGUGGUGGGGGCUUCUCUGCUGGGAAUAAAUCCAUGGAUAAAUAAAGCAGUUUCGUUGCCAACAGCCCUGAGUUUGCAGUAGAUUAACUGGGUAGGAAAGUUUCUGCCUCCUGUCCCCCAGGAGGAAGAGUGCAGGUGAUUCAGAAGGCAUUAGCAGAAAUUAAUUAAAUUGCUAAAUUAUUCUGGAAUACCUAUGGAAUUAUAUAUUACAUCUCUACUGGUGCCAUUAAAAUACGUGCAAUCAGCAUCUGUACAAUUAACUCCCAAGUAUCUAAUAACAUUCUGUCACUCGGGUAAUUGAUUUAUGAGCCUUUAUUUGAAGCUUUUCCACCAGUCUGAGCAGAGGGAACCUGCAGGUGCUCGUGGGCAGUGCCUUGGGGAAGGCUUAGAAGUGGUGUGUGAGAGCAGGUGGCACCAAGCAGAGGUGGGGAAGGAGGACAGCUUCCCACCCCAAAGCACAGCUCUGCAUGCCUUGGGGUUUCACGCGUGCCUGGUUUCAGGUCUGGCAUCCUUGAAGGAUAACAUCCAUUUAGGUUACUGAUUCACGCGUGCUCAUUUAAUUUCACCUUAAUAAAUGUUUUAUGUGGUUU